UUCCGCAACUUUAUCAAAACAUUAAAGAAGAAAAAAUUACUGGAUAUUUGCACCUUACUCGGCAUCAGGUUUAUUACUGGGCAAAAAAAAUUGCUACAAAAGAAUACAAAUUAGCUGACAACCAAUUAGAAUCAGCACGACGAUAUUUAGAAAAUCAUUUAAAUUUUCAAACUCUUUUGUGA